GUAAUAGUGCAUCACGCAAAAGAUGUAAACAAAGUGUAGAAAGAAAAAUUUGCAGAUGACAAUUAUUUUAUUGCCAAAUUCCCACUGAUGUAUAAUGGCUCAGACUGCCAUUAGAGAUGUUUCCUUGACCUCUCACAUCCGGGACCCCGGGGCCAGGGUACGGGAGCUGUGUAAUUAUGCAUGUAAAGUCGAGAUAGAUCCACAGAUCCCACCCAGGAGGUACCUUAGAUCAGGCCAUGAAAUGCUGCGAAUGGCAAAGGUCUACCAGGAUGAGAAGAAUUAUGAACAAGCAUUUAUUCUUUACACCAAAUUUAUAUCACUGUUUGUUGAAAAAUUGCCAAAACACCCAGACUACAAAUCAGCUCCUGUUAAUGAUGUUACAGGAAUUAAAAAGAAAGUAAAGCUUGUAUUUCCAAUCGCAGAAGAAUUGAAAACUAUAUUAAAGAAGAAAUACACAGAAAUAGAAAAGAAAAGACAAGAGGAAGAGAGACUGAAACAAGAAGAAUUAGAGAGAGAACAAGAAAGACAGAGGAAAGAAGAGGAGGCGAGACAGCAAGAGGAGGAAGCCAGGAAUCUAGAGGCUCGCAGUGAAGCAGAAGCAAGAUGGUUGGAUGAGCAGGAGCGCAAAUUAAAAGAACUGAAAGAGAAAGAGUUACUGAAAAAUAUUGACCAAGACAGCGAGAGCAAUGAGAACACUGUUAAAGGAGAGAACUUGGCAGGCUUAAACAACCAGCGUCCAUCUGCGACGGCUGGGAAUCUAACAUAUAUACACAAUGAUCUGGGAGAAAAACCAGUGGAGAAAAAUUUGAUGAAGGAUUCUCAGUAUCCCAGUAUUCCUGAUAGAGAACUAAAGAAAAAUCUAGUCAUUUCUGAUUACUCCACCCCAUCAGUCAAUGGUGCCCCCAAUUUUGACAGAAGCACUAAACCUGACCAUUUCACCAGCACGGGGUUCUCAGGCCUGCGUCAGGUGAUAGUACCCUCUGAUUUGAUGAGGAAGUUCAUGGUCCUCGCUGAACACAACACUCUGAGAAACAUUGAAACAUGUGGUAUUCUUGCUGGCAAGAUGGUACAUGACAGUUUUCACAUCACACAUGUGCUGGUUCCUAAGCAGUCAGGGACCACAGACACCUGUGUGGCGGAGGAUGAGGAGGACCUGUUUAUGUACCAGGACCCCCGUGAUCUUAUCACGCUCGGAUGGAUCCAUACACAUCCAAGCCAGACAGCUUUUCUGUCCAGUGUUGACAUGCACAAUCAAUAUGGCUACCAGGCCAUGCUUCCAGAGGCUAUUGCUAUUGUGUGUGCACCAAAGUAUCAAGAGACUGGAAUAUUUACUCUGACUUCCGACCGGGGCCUUCCAGAGAUUGGUCAAUGUAGAGAAAGGGGAUUUCACCAACACACUAAGACGCCACCUUUAUUUGAUAAUUGUGCACAUGUCAGUGUAGUAGAUACAGAAAGAAUUGAAAUGGUGGACUUGAGACAAAAGUGAUGUCACCGACCUUACCCACAGGAUUGUGUAUGGAGACAAAAUCCUCAUUAUUUCAACUGAUGCCACUGCAAGUGUAUUGAACCUUGUGCUUUGUUAAGUCUAGCCUUUAAACAUUUAAUUUAUAUAAACCAAUACUUUCUGUGUUUAUUUUAUAAAAGUGUUUACAUGUUAUUGAAACUGGCAGUCUGAUUAUUGUCCUGUCUAUCAGUUUGUCUUUGUUGCCAAUGUUAUUAAUAUUCUCACCUUCUGAACUAAAGAGCCCCAUCAAUUGCAGUCAUGUGAGAUAGGGCAAGACCAGAUAUUAGAUUACCGGUUACAGGAACGUGAAUCAUUUCAUAAAUCAAUGCAGGAUUACUGUAGAGAUUUUGUAACACAAGUGUCAAGCUGUCUGUCUGUCUGUCUGUCUAUGUUCGUGCAUAUUAAGUUACAGAACAAAUUCAGCUGUGAACAUGACUGUAGCAUACUCUUCAUAUAAUCAGUUUUGUAAUCUCAGACUUCAAAAUGUUAAUACAUGGUAUCCAGAAAAGCAGUCAAGACGAUGGUGAUUUUCCCAUCAGUUUACUGGACAGUUUACAAAAAUUAAGUAUGACUACCAUUAAAAGAUCUUUUCUAUAGUCUGUUGCAUGUACAAAAGGUAGAAACAUAUGGAUCAAAUCUAACUGAAUUCAGAACAGUAAAAUUAAAUUUUCAUAUUGUGGUGAAAUCUGCAAGGAAUGUUGGAAAAAUUAUUGUUUCAAAUGCAAGACAUUAGCACUACCAGUAUUUUGCUUUGACCUUGAAGAAGUGAAAACUAUUUACUGUCAUCAGUGAACAAAGUGGCUCAUUGACUGUCUACUUGUUACUCUGUAUUUCAGGCUUUUGUAGGCUGUGAUUUAUCUUAUUUCUAUACAAGUUUCAUGUACAAGUACAUGUGCUAAUAAGAUGUAAAAGAAUGGAAUUUAUGUCAAUUGAUUUAAAGCCUUCUGAAUGUAUUCUAUUGUAUUUGGGAUGUUCUUUGUUUUUUAGUGAUGGAGUAGAUCGUUUACCACAUUUAUUUUCUUUUUUUUUUUUUUUCUUUUUUUUAUUAUUUUUUU